AUGGGAAGUGCCCUGCAGUUCAUCCUCACCAUUGUAAUAGUUGUGGAGUUUAUUUUUGGGCAUCUGAGCAAUGGAUUCAUAAUACUGACAAACUGCAUUGACUAUGUCAAUAAACAAAAGCUUUCUGAAAUUGAUAAAGUUAUCCUUAUCUUGGCAAUUUCUAGAAUUACUCUCAUCUGGGAAAUGUGUAUUUGGUUUAAAACUAUGCAGGAUUCAUUUUUCUUCAUGACUGGAACAGGAUUACAGUUUCUUCAUUUCAGCUGGGUUCUUUCCAACCACUUCAGCCUCUGGCUGGCUACAAUCCUCAGCGUUUGUUAUUUGCUCAAAAUAGCCAAUAUCUCCUGGCCUAUCUUUCUGUUCUUGAAAUGGAGAAUUAAGAAACUGGUUCCUGUGAUAGUGCUGGGAACUUUGCUCUUCUUGGUUUUAAAUCUGAUGCAAACAAGCAUCACGCUUGAGGAGAAGAUGCAAUGGUAUGGAAGAAACUCAACUUUGGCUUUUAGGGUGAGUGAGCUGAUCUUAUUCAAUAUGACUAUGUUCUCUAUGACACCGUUUAUCCUGGCCCUGGUCUCCUUUCUCCUGUUAAUCUUUUCUCUGUGGAGGCAUCUCCAGAAAAUGAAGUUCAAUUCCCAAGGACACAGAGACCCCAACACCGAGGCUCACAUGAAUGCCUUGAGAAUCAUCAUCUCGUUCCUCCUCCUUUAUGCUGUGUAUUUUCUGUCCCUUGUUAUAGCGUGGAUUUCUCAGAAGCACCACAGUCAACUGGUUCACUUUAUCUGUAUGAUUACUGGACUCAUGUAUCCUUCAAGCCAUUCCUUUAUCCUAAUUCUAGGAAACUCAAAAUUGAAGCAGCCCUGUCUCUCGAUGCUGAAGCAUUUAGGACGCAGAUGAAAAGGAGAUAAUCUUGCAACUACAUAA